AUGCCUGAGACGCCGCGACAUGUGGGUGGAAGGGUGGACAAGGCAAUUCAUCAUCUCAACGCCCAAUGGGAUCUCGGACUCCCUCGACUUCACGGAGAGGAGGCUAUAGCAGCCGAGGCAAAAGGGCCUCUGGCCAGAAAAUGUUCCAGCAGGAUUAGAUACCUUUGCUUCCGAACUGAUGGCAUUGAUAGUCUUUUGGCAGAGUUUGAACAGAGGGCGCGGCAGAUUCACUCCAAAUGGAUUUUCAAACCUUCUCAGGAACGCGGUACUUUGCCAUCCCUUCCGGUGACCAAGAGCUUCGUUGCGCGAGACAUUCAUUCAAAAUACGCGACUGGCCUCCGACUCUCGGAUUCACAGAGGAACGACCUUCUCCAACUUCUCUACAACGUCUUGAAUGAUGACUUUGAGCUAGCACGCAUGACAGAUUCUUACUCGUACGAGCGGUCGACCGAUUCGACAUAUUCCACCGCACCAACCACUCCGCGCCAGCAGGAUAAAGUCGCUGUUCCCGGUCGAGAAGUCUUGGAUAUCUCUGAAAUAACCACAAGAGGCUUAGAAGAGCCCGAGAUCAAAGACCCCAUGAGAAAGUCCGCCAAACGUUCCUUGGGAUCUCCAGAUGUCAAGAACAAGCGCCAGCAAACCCUCUUUCAAACCCGGUUUUUCAAGUCUGCGACGGCCUUUGAUGAGCCCGAUAUUAUAAAACAACCAGAUCCAGUCAGUUUCGACACAGCAACAUCUGCUAAAGUUUCCUCGGUCUUUACUACCAGUGCAGAAGAUGGCAAUGAUGCUCCCUCCAACGAGACUUCAAUGAUCAGCCAUGGUCAACAGGAGGACUCUCAGGAUCUGUUUCCUACUCAAGACGUUAAUGACUACUUGGACGAUGAUGAAUUUAACCGAUCCUUCAACGAGGCUUGCCUCCUUCCCAAUCCAGUGGACGCCUUUGACCUCACUCUCACUCAAAACAACCCUUUCAAACAAAAAGCCCAGUUACCUUCAGAUGUCCCCUUUUGGCUUUGUUGGGAGUUGUACCGAAUCUCUCUUUCCCUUGAUCUGAUUCCCAUCACUUUGUAUAAGACACUUCGCGCCAAACGUGAAGAAAACAACAUGACCUUGGACUCUUUCUGGGAUUUUGUCAAGCAGCUCUGCCGGGAAAAGACCAACACCCCAAUACCCCCAAAGUCCGACUUGUCGGCAUGGACCACGGAGGACGGGCAGUAUGAAAGUAGCGAUCUCAGAAAAGUCAUCUACUUGACAGGGACCUUGGAUUGGAAUGAUGACCCGGCGAACGGCCUAUUGAAGUUUCGUCCAAACGCGAUUCAUUGCGAGCAGUCUUGUCGGCUUUACAGAAAAUUCGGCGCCGACAGAUUCCUCGUACUCUCCACGCCUGUUUUCGAAAGAUACCCGUACCCCGAAAAGCUCCGCCCCCAAGGCAGUGGCACGGAAUCGCUACACAAGAAGAUCACAGAAUUUCUGGCGAAAGGCCCACAUUUCAUCGCUGGUCGAUAUUGGAGAGUGUUUUAUGUCGAAGCAGAAAAGAGCAAGAAUCGCAAGAAUCAGCAGGGUCCGCGCCUCAAAUGGGUUUUGUUUGCCGAGAGGGGAUAUGACAUUGCCCCAUCACGGCCUCCCCAGCUCCAUAUGCAAUUUCCGAAGGUAGAUGGACGUCAUCAGAUGAUCACGGUGGAAGAUUUGACACAGUGGCACAUGCCACUGGAUGCAAACAUGGACUCUACCGACCUGAGGCUCUUUUCCCGGUGGAGUAUUGGGCUUUCCAAGACAACCCCCACGGUUACCCUGAAUCGGCAUGAAUUUCUGUAUCUACACGACCCCCCACCUCCCGAGCCUGUGAUGAAUGACGGAUGUGCCCUCAUGUCCCAUGAACUUGCUCUAGCGAUUUGGGCCAGCUACGGAGGGAAGGGCGACUUGCCCAGUGCGGUCCAAGGACGAACUGCUGGGGCCAAAGGACUAUGGUUGGUGGACUACCACAAUUCCUUCCCUGAUGUCAGCGACCGAAAAUACUGGAUACAGGUCUCUGAUUCACAACUCAAGAUAAAGCCACAUCCUAGAGAUCGUGCAGAUGCCGACGAAACCCAACUUACCUUUGAAGUGUUAAAAUGGGCAGGUGAUUGCAAGGAAGGCCACCUGAAUAUGCAACUGAUAACAGUGCUCGAUGACCGCGGCGUGCCCCGAGAUGUUCUCGAAGAGGCAUUAAAGUUGGACACGACGUCAUACCUGGAGUCUCUGAGGGCCGCGAUGGAUAGUCCUGAAGCCCUUGGGGCGUGGCUGCAGGAGAAGGGCUAUGCUCGAUCGGAAUCAAAGAGACUUCUGGGCUCGUUUCCGAUGGAGACCGCUGAACAGAUAAAGCUCCUUCUGAAUUCUGGUUUCCGUCCUCGUGAGUGUGCGCAGCUCGGAAAAAAUGCUUCAUACCUGUUGCGCGACUAUAUGUCCAGGUAUGUCGAAAAACUCUGGAUCAAGAUCCCAUGCUCUACCGUGGCAUUUUGUGCGCCAGACCCGGUAGGAGUCUUGGAGGAGGGUGAAAUCUUCAUCUCCUUUUCGCACCCAAUAAAAAACCCCAGGACCGGUCUCGGCGAGAGAGAGCUUGACGACAUGGACGUUCUUGUGGCUAGAAAUCCAGCAUAUCUGGCAUCUGACAUGCAAAAACGCAGAGCAGUCUAUAAACGAGAGCUGCGCUAUUAUCGGAACGUUGUCAUCUUCUCGACCAGGGGCGAGACGCCUCUCGCCUCACUGCUUUCCGGAGGAGACUAUGACGGAGAUUGCUGCACAAUUAUCUGGGAUCCCGAAAUUGUCAAACAUUUUCAAAAUACUGAACCACCCCGAAUGCCGAGGGAGGAAGAAUGUGGUAUGAUUCAGAUGUCAACGCCCCUGACAAAUAUCUUUACCACGACUCGGCCGCUCGCCGAAGCGAUGGAGGAUUUUCUUCGAGGGUGUGUUUCCUUCAAUGCUUCUUCAAGUUUCAUGGGCAUGUGCUCGUCUGAGCACGAAAGACUCGUCUACUUCCUAAGCCAAAUAGGUGAACCGGAUAAGCUGUCGAACAGAGGAGCUGUGAAAUUGGCCGCCCUAGCUGGCUACCUGGUCGACAGCAAUAAGCAGGGUUGGAAUUUAAGCGAAAAAGCAUGGCACGCAUUACGUCGUGAGGCGAGCGGCCCUAAGCAGCUACCGGAACCAGCUUUCAAAAUGGGAGAUACCCCACGAAUGUGGAUGGGAAAAUAUCCGAAUAUCAUGGACUUCCUCAAGUUUGGCGUAGCCGAGAGACAGAAGGAGCAAGCAUUGGCCGAAUUUGCAAACAUCAGCCGGGAGGCUGGCACUUACGACUCCGAGCUCAGCGAUUAUUGGAAACAAGCUCUGCGUGAGGCAGAACAGGAGAACCUCAGACUGAACGAUGCACCCUUGCAGAAGAAAUCUCAUCAGUUCGCAAGAGAGUUGCGAAAUUUGAAUAGAACAUCAUUGAGACCGGUUCCUUCGACUCUGGCAGACUUGCUGACUGGCGAUGAAGGCCUUUUGCAGCAGAUCGUGCAACUGAACGACUUCUGGACGCAUCUGAAAGCCACUGAGGCCAUUGAAUCUUCACCGUCGGACGAGGCUGGUAGCAAGAAAUUCCACACAGCUAUACACAAGGUUUAUGAGCAAUUUCAGGCCAUAGAACCAAAGUAUGUUGAUCACGAGCUCCGCCGUCGCUAUGAGGCUGAGAAAGAACAUCCAUUCCCUUAUUGGUCUCUGCUUCGAGCAUCUUGCCUACAUUACUAUGUCUGCAGGAAAGGAGGUCUUCAACGUUGGGUGUGGUUUGUAGCGGGUCGAGAAUUCUGUCAGCUAAAGGCAUUGCACCACAAAGGUGAAGUGGUCCUCAUGACGAGAGGGAUGUACGAUAUCAUGAAAGUCGACACCAAGUUGGUCAAAGGCCUGUUGUUGACAACCGAAGUUGCUGAAGAAGACACUUUCUAUGACGCCGAUGAAGAGAUGGAUGAUGAAGCCGAGUUCGCAGGCUAA